AUGCUCCAACGCAACUCCUCCACCAUCCGCCGCCAGGCCCGCUACACCUUGCUUGGGGCGCCAUUCGUUCACAAACAAUGGCAGAAGCCCUUCAUCACCAGCCCACUUCGCCGCGACCAGAGCAAGCGGGCAUUCACUCCCGGCGAGCUCCAGUGCUGGGAGCAGAAGAUGCAGGCAAUUGGUGCCCGCGAGAUCGCCCGCCGCCAGCAAGAAGAAGAGGCAGCAAAGCUGCACCUGGCACAGCUCGAGGCCAUCAAGGAGCAGGAGAGGGCCGAGAUGGCCAGAGUUCAGGAACAACAGCAGCAGCAGCAACAGCAACAACACCAACAGCAAGAGCAGCAACAGCAGCAAGAGAGGCAGUAUGCCCUGCAACAAGUGGCCAUGAUGUCGGAAAUGGCCACUAGGGCCUACAACGCCCUCUACACUGCGGCCGAUGAGGCUACCUUCCUCUACCUCGCUCCUCACGUCAUUGAGGAAGUCCUUCGCCCAGCAUGCUCUCUCUUGUGGAACACCGCACCCGUGUUCCACUUCGAUGUUGGAGAACUUUGCUGGCCUCUGGCCAUGAUGGAAGAGAUCAGCCAGAAGAUUCGCGCUUGCCAGCAACCACCCGCCGCAGCAUCAAGCCUCCUGGAGGCCAUGGAGGUGUUUGCAAGCAUGUUGGGGACCGCUCAAUCUCCCAUCCUGUCUACCGUCGCCGCCGCACACUUCCCUGCCGUCAACCACUUCCCUGCCGUUGCCGACUUCCCUGCCGUUGCCGACCUCCCUGCCGUCGCCCAACCCCAACAGAUUUGCGUCCAAGAGACCUACCAGACCGCGCCCUCCUUCACUCCGGAACCGGUCCUGAUCCAGAGCGUUCCCGACCAAGGUGGUUGCCAGCCCGCCAUCAACUUCACGGACGCCAAACCGGCACAAGAAGCCUCCUUCUCCUGCUUCACCUCCACCAAUCCACCUGCACAAAAUGUGCUUGCACUCUCGUCACCACAGCUCCCUACGCCAGCCGUCACCACUGGCACUACUCCCAAUGCCACCGCAGGUGAUGAUGAUGAGAAGGGGUGCGUCCUCGCUGCAUUGUUUGCGGAUUCUUACGAAGUCUCCGACCUGGUCGACCAGGUAGAAGAGAAGAAGCGACAUUGCAGAGGCCCGACUUCCAUACUCUGCGAGAGCCUGAUGACCCUCCUCCAGAAGGUCGUUGACGGCGUCGCAGGAAAGCCGUUCAUCAUCACCGGCAAAGAGGCCGGGAUGUACGGAGAGAGCGUGGUACGCCUUCACAAGGCGCUCCAGGGAUUGUCUGGCCGCCAUAAAGAUGCGGCUGAGACCAAGCGCCUUACCAGUAAGGUUCGCGAGGUCAGGCAUUUCUUGGGAGUUUCUGCCUGA